CUCGACGCCUCUCUCCAGCCUCCCGUUGCCUAUAAAUAUGUUCUUCCUGCUCAUGUGUUGACCAUUGCAGUAAGUAAGCAAGAGCGAAGAAAGGAGGAGAGAUUAGAAGAGAGCAACUAUUCUCCUCCUUUGUGAGAGAGGAUCGACGAUGCAUCCAAGAAGCGCGUCCACGGUGCGGCUCUGCCUUGUAUGCCUCGUUCUCCUGCUGCUAACCCGAGAUGCCCACUCCAGGAAUCUCGUAGGGGCAGUGGUGGUGCAGAAGGAGAAGCACAAGCAGAGCCAUGGCGGCCACGGCGCAGCCACCCUGGAACCUUGGGGUGAGGAAGGGAGCAACGCAGGCGCCAAGAGGAGACAGCUGCAGCGUGAUCCGACGAAAUGGGAGGAGAUCCACACGGAUUACAUCUACACCCAAGACGUCAAACACCCGUGACACUAUCGUGUUUAGUAUAGAGUAGUAGUAUCAGCUCCUGGGGUCGUUUGGAGAGGACGGAUUAGUCUGGGAUUUGUCGUUUAAGUUUGAGCCACCGAGUCAAAUCACAAAUUAAUCCCUCCUCUGUUAGUAUAAUUAGAGGCAUGUAGUCGGUGAUGUAAUGUAUAAUUAUUUCAGUCUAGCUUCGGCACACCCUUUAAUUACUUAUAGUUAAUUAAUAUAUGUAUAAUUA